UUAUCUGGUAAGAAUGCGAUUGAUCAUAACGAAAUUGUUGACAAAUUCAAAAUUGCACUGGAAAACUUUGAGCGUUUUUCAUUUGCGUCAUUGAUUGAAUACGAAUGCAUGAUGAAAGCUGCAUCCGUACUUCGACUUCAACGUCUGUACAUCGAAAUGGAGGCGUUCAUCAGAGAGCAUGUCGGUAAAUAUUUAGAUGAUAGUUUCACAUUAUUCGAUCACAACACCAAAGCAAACAUCUGUCAGAAUUCGGCGUCAGUCUAUCGCAUGGUUAGUGCUUUUGUUGUGUUUGUUGCUGUGAUCGGUUUCAAACGCAAAUAUGCAUUUUUCGCUCGUCUGUCGGUAUUAUUCCGUUUGCAUAUGAGCGAAAGUGAGGUACGUACGGCAUCAGACUACCGUCAGGUAUACCCGACAUUAUAUCACACUCUGAGUGGAUAUGGGAUCGCGGAAAAGCCGAAGGAUGUUUAUGGUGAUGAAUUGAUAAUGAAUGGCCCAGUGCAUGUGCAGCGAAGGGCAUUGCACGAGGUGUUGAUGAGUGCACUGCGUGCAGAGUACCACCAUGCAGCCAUUCGACAUCUGUGUUAUUUAUUACAGGUGUCUGUAUCGGUGAGCAACUGUUUACCGUUCGAGUUGGCCGUCAAUAAUUUAACGCUUCUAUCUGAGGGUUGCGCACUCGAGACGGUACCCGUUCGACUGAAUCUUGCACCGUGCUCAGACACCUCUGAAUCAGUUGAUAUCAAACUCAUCGGUGUUCCGAGUAAUAAUACCAACAACAAUUUUAGAGAGCCAGGUAAAUUGACAAUAACAGGAUAUUCGUGCGAGGUGAUUGGUGUGCGUAAUGUGUGUCGAUUACGCGAUCUGCCAUUAUCUGCUGAAUCAGCGCACAGCAGCGAGAGUAAGAAGUGCAAAGAGAACGCUAAUCAUAACCAUUCGUCAAAUCCAUCUGUCUUCAACGUUCAGGUAUUUGUCUUCAACGUUCAAGUAUAUCGAAACUCUUCAGAAUGAAUGGAUGAUUUUAGAAUAUUCGGUAUUGACCCAUCAGCAACAGCAGACGAUGGAUCGUUGAAAGGAGACGGAGGCGGAGGACAAACUGAAUUGCAAAAUGAUGAUGUUGAAUCGAGUGAACAUGCGCAUGCGUCUUCUGCUGAAGGUACUCAUGAUCGAAUUCCAUUCACUGGACGUUUGUUAACGUCUGAAUUCGUAUUCCGCUACAAAGCGGAUAUUGAUGGUGCCGAUGGUGAAGAAUACGAACGCAUCUGUCGCCUGCCACUCGCAGUCUCAAUAGUGCCAGCCGUCACCGUAUCUGCAUGGCAUGUAUUGCCUGGCGAUAGUUCAAUGACACGUUAUGUGGUUGUCGACGUCACUAAUUCUACUGAAUGGGAUGCUGAACUUACCUAUGGAAAGGGCAAAAUUAUUGGAGUACAGCCGAGAGAGAUUUGUCGUGAGGUGGCAUCGAAUGCGUUCCAAGAGGCCGCCUCACGAGCCUCGCACAUGAUGCAGAUGCACGAAAUGGAGCGUCUCAGACUGGUGCUAGAACGACACGUCUCUGCCCAUCUCGAUAUCACUUGGUCCAUCAACCACGCCAAUCUAUGCGGAUCGGUGCCUAUCGGUCCUAUUCUUUCAUCCAUCGCACUGCUCAAACAACUCGUUGUUCCAGCCAUCUCUAUCGGUUAUUCACUCCUUUCCAUAUCCACACCACUAACAAAUUUACAUUUUAUCCAUGUAGAAUUAAAGAGAAUGAAAUUAAUCUCAGAGAUGAGUGUGGAUGGCAUACCAUGUGUACGUGAGGAUGAUAUUGCCAUCGGUAUCGGUGAAAUACUUGAAUUACAAGUUAAACUUAUUUGCUCGAUCAAAGGUUUGCCAUUUUAUUCCGUUCAUAUCACCAGCACAUUGUUAAACGAUUUGCUAUUCGCGUCUUCUUACGAAGUGAUUUCAGAUGUACAGAAUGAUGACACGUUUAUUGACAGUAACGACAACGUGAUAGUUCUCAAUAACGAGACGGUGCCGUUCCGAUUAGCACGUCAGAACGAUGAGUGUGCAGACGAAGUGAAUACGACGCAUCGAUUAUCAGUUGAGAACGAUUACGCACCGAAUGCGUCUCUAAAGGAUCAUCGUGCAUUCUCAUCUGAUCAAUGUUUUACUUUCACUGAAGCGUUUCGAUACUUGCAGAUAGAACCAGCUGUGACACUGCUGGAUGGUUCGUCGCAGUUCUCCGAUGAAGAGCUGUUUUAUUCAGCAGUUUCAGUUAAUGUCAUUACUAAAGUUUGA